UAUUGGAUUUAUUUGUUUCUGUAUUGUUGCUUUAUUGGGAAAUUAGAUUAGGGAAGGGUUGUUUAGAGAAUAAGGUAACUAGGAUGAAGUGUUGUUGACGUCACUAUUUUGACUUGGAUUGGAAAAAUCUGCUAAGGUAACUAUGAUUAAGUUUGGGCAAAAUAUUUAUUACCAACCUAUAUAAUGCGGUACAUUGAAACUGAUGUAGUCAUGUAAGGGAAAAAGGCUUUAUUGUGAUUCCUUGAAAAGUAAUCUCUUAGUUAGUUGACAACUGAGUUAGUUAGUAAGUCAUUUAGUUUGCGGCGCGAGACUGGAAACUAUAAAAAUAGAAAUGAGAUUAAAGGGGGAAUCUUUGGUUUUAUUAGGAUUAGGAAAUUGGAGUGAGUGAGCACCAAGUCUCUAAUAUCUGGACUGUAAUAGUUCUUUUCAAUCAAUAGACACCAUUUUUUCUAUAAUCUAAUCAAGUUCCUAUCAACUGGUAUUGGAGUUCCUAUUUUGGAGCUGUGGGGGAAUCAUUCCUGAAAAUUAUUUUAGUGGAUGUGACUCUAACAUUUGAUGGGAAGGAGGCUUCCAUGUAGCUCAUGCAAACACAUAGGCAUUUUGGAACCAUUAGAGUUCUGAGGGAAUAAAGUUAUUGCACGUGGUGGCCUUAAAAGAAGGAGAAGAAUCAGAAUGCAUCAUGGUGGACCUUGGAGAAGGCGGUGCUCAAGAGAUUUGAAUCAGAGGUUUGGAUUUCCCUUCAAGAUUCUGGAUCUCAGGAGCAAGUGGGGGCUGAAGUCAUGAUGACAACAAUCUGGAAACUAAAGACAACCCAAGAAGUGAAAACACAAACUCUCAGCAUCAAAGGUUGUGAAUCGACAUAAGAGACCCAAAACAGUGGAGGUGGUGGAGAACAAUGAGUUUUAAGACUGUGGUCAACUCGCAACACAUGAGAAACAAGUAGAAAAGGAACUAAGAGAAGGAAGUAAAGGAGAGAAAGGUUGGUCAUGCAAUGGUGGAAAAGAGAUGGGAUAACAAAGCCCAAAUGGUUUUUUUGUGGGGGAUGGUACGAGCAUCCAAGGGUGUUGUGGAGGUGGUGGCGUCGACACGGAAAAAUUAUGAAGUUGAAAAUGGAAGAAUUGUGUGUGAUUGAGACGGGUGGGUCUUGAACAGGACAGACGCUGCUGUCGCCACUUGAACUGUCAAACUCAAGCUCUUCAACUUCAAGGUUGAAGUUUCAACUUUAGAGAUAAUAGUUUCAUCACAUCCAUGAGGCCAGUUUGUUGUCCUUUUAGGCUCAAACCAAAAGCAGAGGGCACUCUUGGUAAAGGAAAGAUGGGCCAAAGCCCAAAUUGAUAAGAUGAUCAAAUUUGUUGUUGCUUUCUUUGACUUGUUGGUAUAUUAGUGAAAUAAAAAUUGAAAUAUUUUGUCUUUUCUCUUUAAGUGACCGGGCUAUCAACUUAUGUUUUCAUGCGGUAUGGUUCCUCUUAAGUAAAGUCUUGGCUUCAAGUCUUCUAAAUUGAAAAAUAGUUUUAUCCUUUUGAGUGAGUUCCCUUAACUUGUCUGAGAUUAGUUGGGAUUCAAUGUGAUAGUCUAAAACAUAAACACACAAAAAUUGAAAGGGGAGCCUUGGUGCAAUGAUUGAACUUACUGUUAUGUGUCUACUGUCUAGAAGACAUGACUUUCUGUUGUGACAUCAGCUUAUUGCAACAGCAAAGGAUUAAUGGUUGAGAGACUAUCAGUUCUCACUUUUGUUAAUUGACUGUUAAAUUAUUGAAAUAGGAUCAAAAUGAUAUUUCAGCUGUUCCAGAUACACAGGUUGCCAAAUGGAGAGAGUGGAAUGCAUUGCAAGAUCUUAAAUCACUUUUUUCGAAAGAGGUUUUUGAUGUUAUUGUGUCCAGCACCGAUGACAUGGGGCCACUGAGUCUUGACAAUUUUAGGAAAAAUAUGUCUGCGUCAUGGAGAGUUGUUGGAUUAGAGACUUCAGAUGUUGCCUAUGAGCUAAAGGAACCAACAACACAUGGUAGACAAGAAAAACUACAGGUGAAGGAAGGAAGAUCUUCAGAGGGUCUUUCUCAGUGGACUGAUAGCCCUGCACGGCAAGUUCGAAGGAAGUUAAUCGGAAAAAGGCAGGAAAAGCGUGCCUCUGAGUUGGUAAAGAUGGACAAUGAAGUAAUAGUAAAACUCGAAAAUGCAGCUAUUGAACGCUCAAAAUCUGUUGAGUCAGCCAUAUUAGGUAAGUACAGCAUUUGGAGGAAAGAAAUUGAGAAUGACAAUGCUGAUUCUUCUGUUCGGUUUAUGCGGGACCAGAUCAUUAUGGCUAGGGUAUAUCUGAGUAUUGCAAAGAUGAAGAACAAGCUUGAGCUGUACCAAGAGCUGCAGUCUAGGCUCAAAGAGAGUCAACAUGCUUUAAGUGAUGCAAUUUCUGAUUCAGAUCUUCAUCAUAGUACACAUGAACAAAUAAAGACUAUGGGCCAAGUUCUGUCAAAAGCACGAGGACAAUUGUAUGACUGCAAGUUGGUCACUGGAAAAUUGAGAGCAAUGCUACAAACAGCUGAUGAGCAAGUUAGGAGCUUAAAGAAACAAAGCACAUUCCUCAGUCAGUUGGCUGCUAAGACCAUACCAAAUGGAAUUCAUUGCUUAUCUAUGCGCCUCACAAUAGAUUACUACCUUCUUCCUCCUGAAAAGAGGAAGUUCCCUAUGAGUGAUAACCUGGAGAAUCCCAGUCUUUAUCAUUAUGCACUAUUUUCAGACAAUGUCUUGGCUGCAUCUGUUGUUGUGAAGUCAGUUGUUACAAAUGCAGAGGAUCCUUCAAAGCAUGUUUUUCACCUUGUUACUGAUAAACUCAAUUUUGGAGCCAUGACUAUGUGGUUUCUUUUGAACCCCCCUGGAAAAGCUACAAUACAUGUUCAAAAUGUUGAUGAUUUUAAGUGGUUGAAUUCAUCCUACUGCCCUGUAUUGCGGCAGCUUGAAUCGGCAAAAAUGAAAGAGUAUUAUUUCAAGGCUGGCCAUGCAACCACAAUUACUUCUAGUGCUUCCAAUAUGAAAUAUAGAAAUCCAAAAUAUCUCUCGAUGCUCAACCAUCUGAGAUUCUAUCUUCCAGAAGUUUAUCCUAAAUUAGAUAAAAUCCUUUUUCUCGAUGACGACAUCGUUGUUCAAAAGGAUUUAACCGGAUUAUGGGCAGUUGAUCUUCAGGGUAAAGUAAAUGGAGCAGUUGAAACAUGUGGCGAGAGUUUUCACCGAUUUGACAAAUAUCUUAACUUUUCUAAUCCACAUAUUGCAAGAAACUUUGAUCCAAACGCUUGUGGUUGGGCAUAUGGGAUGAAUGUAUUUGAUCUCAAGGAGUGGAAAAAGAAGGAUAUCACUGGCAUAUAUCACAAGUGGCAAAAUAUGAAUGAAGACAGGGUUCUGUGGAAGCUGGGGACAUUACCUCCGGGGCUAAUGACAUUCUAUGGGCUGACACAUCCUCUAAAUAAAUCGUGGCAUGUCCUUGGUUUGGGUUAUAGUCCAACUGUAGAUCGAUCGAUGAUAGAGAAUGCAGCAGUUGUACACUACAAUGGUAAUAUGAAGCCGUGGCUAGAGAUUGCCAUGACGAAGUAUCGGCCUUACUGGACAAAAUAUGUCAAACACAAUCAUCCCUACCUCCAGAACUGUAAGUUAUAAUAAUAGUCACGUAUUUCUGAUAAUUUCGUACAGAGAAUAGUUAUCUCUUUCUUCUCCAACCUUCCCCAUUUUCUUUCAUCUUUCUGGCAUGGAUAUUUCAAUCAGAGAGUCUUGCUAGAAUGAUGAUCAUUGUCCUGGAACCUAGAAGGGCCAACGUUAAUACUUCUUUGAUGUGUUUACCUCCAACAUCUUCCCUUUCCACAUUGAUUUUUGCUUUCAAUUCAUUUAAUUUGCUUAAGUCAUUCUCACCAUUUGAAACAAGGUACAGAAGUAGUUACCUUGCUUACCAUUAAAAACACCUCAUUGUACAAUAAUCUGAUUCUGAUACUUGGACACGACUUGAAAUUGAAUAUCAUAUUUCUAUAUAUUCUUUGGAAAACAUAUUUUGUUAA